AUGAUGCACCUACUUCGUAUUGACAAAAUCCGUACUUCACAGCUGCGUGGGGUCAGUUUGCCACCAAGUGUGCACUUCUCGGUAUUCGAGCAUUGCGUCGGCAUCGCACAGCUCUGGAGCCACUGCGAGGGAAAGCCCACCGGCUGCAUUCUCGUUUUGGCAGAUGCAGAACUCCUUUCAGACUGCCGUCCACUCUCACUGAUCGAGUCAAGUCUUCUCCACAAGAACAUCCAAGACGACAAACACGAAAGCUCCUUGCGGGAAGCUUUUGCAAGAGAUGGUGGCAUGUUGAUUGAUGGACAAAGCGGUGAGAUUUUGGCGACGAAGGUCAGGUUUAACAGGAGGCCCACUGAGGUUGACUUCAUUCUGGAGGACCAUGGGACGCGACACCACGAGGCUCUGGAUGUCGCAUGUGGUGCAAGGUGCGUCGCAAUCACCCGUUCCGAGGACGGUUAUGUCACCGUCUUCUCGUCGGAGCAUCUCCAGUGCUCGCCCGUCGAUGCGAGGUGCUUCCGUGUGCGAGAUGAACAACGGCACGGGCAGUUUAAAGUUGUCAUGGAACGGACCUCCCUUGUGCGGUUCGAUGCUGAUGGAAAGAUGGACUUUCCGAGGCAAGCGUCUGAUGCACUGAGGUCACUGGAGGCACCGCUGCAAGUUGUGGCCUUUGUCGGACCCGGGCGGACAGGCAAGUCUACUCUCGCUGGGAAAGUUGUUGAUGAUAGUUCGCUCUUCCCGGCCGCGAAGGUAUUGGAUGCCGUGACAAAUGGGAUUGAUGCUGUCGCUAUCCAGAAUCCACGCAUCGACGGCACCUUGUUACUCCUGGACAGCGAGGGCUUCGACAAUGCCUUUGCAAAAUCAAGACCAGAGGUUGCGACGCUGUGCAUGCUACUUUGCAGCCAGAUUGUGUGUGUAGACUAUGACCGUCUUGGCGACAACAUGAUGGCCAACUUGGCCAGGCUGAGUGCAUGCCGGGAGGUUUUGAUGCCAAGUGCAGCUGUGUCAGCUGAUAAGCUGGACCCACAGCCGCCAGAACUUGUGGUUGUCGUGAAUGGAUGCCGCUUUCAUGAUAAAUACGAUUCAGGGACGUUGGAGAAGGCAUUGUCUUCCGACGAGGGAAAUGCAGAGCGCAACGGAUGUCGCGAAGCUGUGCGAAAACACUUCCCAUGCCGUCGUUUUGUUUCUGUACCUGUUUCAACUGCCGCAGACUUCGAGAUUGGUACUUUGCGAGACAUCGUGCUCCAGGCUCCUAUCCUGGUUACUGCAGGCAUCGGUUUGCUUGCAGAAUAUGUGUCAGCCUACCGGCAGGACUUUGAUGGAACCAUGUUUCACGACCUUUUGAGCCGUUCAGUGGUUGAGAUAAACGGUGGAGGUUGCAUUCAACCACGGAACGUUUACCAGAGUGUCCUGCGAGACCGUGAUGCAAGGUGGAUAGAGCUGGCACUUCGCUUCUUCGAGAGCCAACUGCCCAUAGAAGGGCCUUACCGUCCUGGUUUGAAGUAUAAGCCAGACGAGGCUAAGCAACAUGCUGAUGAGUCACGCAUGACAGAAGAGAGUGUGAAACGACUCAAUGAGAGCCUGAGGGCUCACUAUGAUAAGGUAGAGCGAGAAAACGAGAAAAAGGGCCAGGCUACAAUCAAACAGGACCUGGAGCAAAAAACAUUCGAGCUAGGACCGCCAACUUACCAGAAAGUGAGCAAGCAGGACAACAUGAUCGCAGGAGGCGCAAUGGGCGCUUUGGGGGCAACCGGAGCAGGUUGUGCCGUUGUUUUUACAGGUGGGUUGGCGUUGCUCGCACUCGUUCCAGCGGCGGGCUUUACAGGCGCAAUUGCGGGUGCUACGGCUGCCCGUGCCAACACUCAGACUCAGUACACAAGAACGCAGCGAUACGAGCUAAAGCAGCGGACCGUUACACACAAAACGAAUGGAGAAGUCGUGGAAGGAAAAUGGUUGCCUGUCCCAUCUGUCCACCUUCAACCGAGCUGCGAGGUCGUGGACGAGCGCGACGUUCCCCCACAGUUCCGCGAGUAA